AUGUCAUCAUACAACCGAAUUGACCGAAGCUACCAACAUUCAGAUUUGCAGACUUUAUUCAAAAGAUAUGAGGAGGUGAAAUCAGUGGGACGGCACAAACGCUCUCUUGUAGGGGAGGCCGAUUCUUGGGAACUUAAGCUUACGACCCCAAGGCGGUCGCUGACAGUUGAUGUUGAGGUGAAUGUCGGCCUUCUCCGGAAGUUGCACUACGCAAAUCCCGCCAGCUUCUCGUCCACAUUUGACGCUAGCUCGGUGCUCAAGGGAAGGGUUAGUGGACAGCCGGAUUCAAGUGUUCGGUUAACUGCAAUGGGAAAUGAUCUCUUUGAAGGCAGAAUCACAUAUGACGAUGACGAGGGACAACGGAAAACAUUACACAUUGAAUUGGUUCGCUCAGGCACGGACCUAAGCGCUCCGCAAAUGAGCAUGAUUAUGUACGAGGAUCAUGAUUUGUUGGAUAAGUUUCGAGAACGGCCAACUUGUUUUGAAGUCCCUGCUCCUGGUGGCAUAACAGAGGAGUUGUGGCACUCGGGACUUCCGUCACUUGCAGAGCGCGCCGUUAACAACAUUGCGAUUGAUCAGAGUGCGAUAGAAGUAGAAUGUCGGCCAGGAGAAACUAUUUGCCCUCUGAUGCUCUCCAAUAUUCCUCGCAUGUCUAUUUUCCAAAUGGCUCAACCCGCUACCGUGGGAUAUGGUCGGGAUUGCCCAGUCGCUGUCGUCGCGGACAUCACCUUCAGUAAAAUGUUUGGCAACGAUUCUGAGAGGACUAUACUGUCACUCUUUAACGAUGUGGACAGCAUUUAUCUGGAGGAGUUCAACGUUGGUACUCCCAUCAGGUUAGAGCAAGGUCCUGGCGAUAUUGAGCUGGCGUACUUACCGGCAUGUCACAGUUAUCUGUAUGUGGUGCGCAAUGUCGAUGAUCCCAGCGGCUUUGGAAAACCCGCGACAUCAGCAUCAGACCUUCUUUCACAACUGCAGGUAGCUGUACUCAACAAGCGGCUUCCGUCGUUCAACGGUGCGUGCUUGGUCCAUCUCAUGACCUUCCAAGAUUUCAAUCCGACUCUUGGGUUAGCUUAUGUGAGUCAUGCGGCAAAGCGAUUCAACGUAGCAUGCACUAAGGAUCCACACAGGUCGGAAGGAAAGGAUAUGCGGGGGGAAUAUGUUCAGGUGGUGGCUAUAACACCGGCAUUUCCACCCCGAUAUAUGGAAGCAUGCUUGUGGCUAGAGUAUUCGACGGCGGUUGUAACUUUGGCUCAUGAGCUGGGCCACGGGAUGGGAUCAUUUCAUGAUGGUCAGCAUGAAGAUCCUCCUGGUAAUCCCCCAGAAUGCCUGCCACCUCAGCCCUAUAUAAUGUAUCCAUCAGCUUCUACUUCAAGCAAUUCUCGAAAGUUCUCUAGCUGCUCUCAAUAUUCGAUCAACAGAGCACUCAACCAGAUCGCAAGUUGCUUCGUCGCAAGAAAUGCGCUGACGGGGUUGGAAGAAAAUGCCACCCCGGACCUAUGGUAUACUGCAGUUAUUGAAGCUGAGGACCAAUGUAAAGCGGCGCCGAAUUUACCGAAAGCGCCACCAUCUGGAGCUUACGAAGACUGUCCGUAUAUGUUACCUACGCAAUACAGUUGCACGCUAGCAUGUCUGGAUCCUGAAAACCCUGAUCGAUGUCUGAUGUUUCGAGACGGAUCCGGCAGGAUUCGAAAUAAGACGGAUGGAACGCUUUGUGGCAGUUUUCAUGAUCAGACAAUGGUGUGUUUGGGCGGCAUGUGCCGGCGAGACGAUCGCCCGAAUGUUUGUGACAGGAGAAAGCCCUGUUGCAAUGCAUACGGAAUUCUGAGAAACUCAACACAUCUAUGCCGGAAAGCGGAAGAUAGCGGCACAUGCCUCAAAGGGUACUUUUGCGAUUCUGCAAGUGAAGAGUGUCCAGCCACAGUCACCCCCAAGCGGCCUGGAACACCUUGCUCUCUUCAGCACCGUAAAUGCGGGCCUGCUGACGACGUCGGCUGCGGCGUAUGCGGGGACCAUGCGUUCGAGGGUCAGUGCCUCUCAAGGAACUCGUCGGCUGCUGCGAAUUUGACGAAGCUUAAUUGGGCGGACUGGGUAGAGCCAGAUGGGACGCAACACAUGGAAACAGUUUCUACCCCUUCAUCAACGGGAGGAAAUGAUGUCAAGACCGACGGACUGCCUACGUGGAUCCGUCCAACAUUUAUUGCUACUGGAUGUGUAAUUGGCAGCGCUAUUGUUGGAGCUGGAGGAUUCUUCCUUGUUAAAAAGCGGUUGCAACUUGCACAGGUGGAUCCCGGCAACAAAAACAUUAUGGUGUACUCAUCCUCUAGCAUGGCAUGAUGUAACUCAUGCAUUCUGUACAUAGUGCUUUUCAACUUCAACCAAUAUCACACUGGCGGACUUGGGCUUACGAUAAUUGUACCAGGUCACGUGUCGGGAUGCG